CCAUUAGGAACAUUGAAAAAAGAAAACUUUGUUGUGAUCAGUUUGGUAUUUUCAUUUCUAAGUCAAUUUACUUGAGAUCAUUUUUCAUAUCCUAAAGCCAAUUAUGUCUACAACCAAUGAAUUAAACUCCUCCAUUUCCAAUGAUCAAAUGCAAAUUCCAAAUUUCCCACUUGAAAUUAUCAUAGAAAUACUUUCAAGAUUACCAGUAAAACCACUCUUGAAAUUCAAAUGUGUUUCAAAAUCAUGGCAUUCUUUAAUUUCAACUUCUCAUUUUGCCAAAUCCCAUUUAAAGAUAUCAUUACAAAACAACAAAUUGAACAAAACUCUCCUUUUACUGUCCAGGUAUCUUCCUCAUACACUAUAUUCUUGUCCACUUAAUUCUGCGUUGCAUGAAAAGUCCAUUUCUUGUAUUAACAAGCUCAGUUUCCCUUGGAAUUCAUCUAAUAUAAUAGCUGGAGUUUCUUUUUGUAAUGGUUUGUUCUUGACUUGCAUUGGCAUGUAUAAUAAUAAUAACUUGUAUUUGUGGAAUCCAUCUACUAGAAAAACCAAGAAGUUGCCUUCUUCUGGUGUUGAGUAUUCAAGAUGUGAUGUUACUUAUGGUUUUGGUUAUGAUGAGUCUAAUGAUGAUUACAAAGUUGUUGAAAUUUAUGGUGUUUAUGGUAUUCACUAUGUGUAUGGUGCAAAAUUCAAGAUUUAUAGCUUGAGGGGAGAUUCUUGGAGAAGUAUGAAAAAAUAUUCUGAUGCACUUUUUUCACCUGAUUCUGGUGUUUUCUUGAAUGGUUGUCUGCAUUGGGCAGUGGCACAUAAUGAUGGAUCUUGUAUUUUCUGGGAUAUUGUUUCGCUUGAUCUGGAAAGUGAGCGAUUUGGGAAUUUACUGUUGCCUAAUUAUGAUCGCGGUAAUUGUAAUGGUUCUUCCUCUAGGCCGUUAGGAGAUUCAAGAGAUUUCGAACCAGGGAUUCUGAAUUGGUCAUUAGGGAAGUUAGGGGAUUGUCUUUGUUUGUUUUGUGACUAUUACAAAGUUAAGUUGGAUGUAUGGAUAAUGAAGGAAUAUAACGCGAAAGGGUAUUGGACUAAAUCGGUUUCCCUUCCCUAUAUAGCGGGAAUAGGACCUUGUAUCUCACCGUUAUGUGUAUCAGACACAGGUGAAGUGUUGUUGCAUGAUGGAACGCGUGUUAUGUUGUAUGACGCGAGGAAUGAUGAGUACAAACGCGUGGAGAUUCGUGACUUGGAUGAUACUGGUGUUGGAGCUGCAACUGUCUAUGCUGAGAGCCUUGUUUCGCCUAUUCUUGACAGUAAUGAAAAUACGCCCGAGAUGCAAGAAUGGUAAAAUACCAGCUGGUACUUGUGCUUUCCUUCGUUCUCGUGUUACAUUUGUAUGCUAUCAUAUCAUGAAAUGUUUUCGACAUCCAAUUUGCUAAAGAUAUUGUUUUCAAAUUCGAAGUUUGACAAUAGGUAUUAGCACUGUUGUGUUUCUGCUGUUGUUUUCCAUAAACUCUGCUAUCUGCAAUGUAUUUGACAACAUGUUAAUUGAACCAUACUCCCUCGACAUAGGGUCCAAAACUCCGGCAUAACCUUUUUUU